GAAGAAACGCAGAGAGAGUUAACAAUGGCCCCAAUGUCUAUGGCCAGAACCGCCUUUGCCAGGCUCUCCAAGGCCUUUCCACACUCCCCUUCUCUCCCCUUCCACCGCAAGGCUUCAAGGGUCUGCUUCACUUCUGCCUCCAAGCACUUGCAGGGACGAAAUGCGCCAGAAGGGAGCCAAGGAAAUGGCUAUGAAACCAGUUCAUCAUCAUCUGACAGUGAUGUUGAAGAUAACGCAGAUGAGAUGAAAGAGAAAGCCAAAGAGAAAAUCAAAGAAGGGGCUGACAGAACCAAGGAAGGGGCUCAAGAAAUAAAGGAGAAAGCAAAAGAGCAAGCCGAGGCAGCCAAGGAAAAGACCGGUGAAAUGGCGUGGAAGGCCAAGGAGAAAACCAAAGGGGAAGCCACCGAAGCAGCCGAGAAGGCUCAGCAUGCCGAACAGAAGACCAAGGACGCCGCCGGGUCUGUGGCGGAGAAGGCCAAGGAGGGGGCUGACAGGGCGGCGGAGACUGCACAAGAAGUGAAAGAGAAGGCCAAGCACGCGGCGGAGAAGGCGAAGGAAGGGACUAGCAAGGCGGCGGGCAUAGGAGAGAAGGCUAAGCAGACGGUGCAGGGGGCUUGGGGGGCGGCGAAGGAGACUACCCAGAAGAUCAAAGAGACGGUGGUUGGAAAGGAUGAAGACGACAAGGGCAUAGAUGAGUACCUUGAAGAUCACGUGAGGAAGCCGGCCAAGGAGUACAGGGAGAAGGCCAUGGAUGAAGACGUGGUGGACAUGCGGCGGCGAGCUGGUGGCCAUGAAGAAGAAGAUCAGAAUCGGAAGCACCAUUAAUGAACUUUGGCAGUUGGGAAAUUAAUAAUUUAGCAGUAAUAUUGUGUAAAUUUAGUUUCAACUACUGGGCUUGGUUUAUUUUGCAAGUUUGGAGCUUCCAACAUUAUGUCACUCAAAUGAAGAACACAACCGAAUUGGAGUUGGCUUCAGCUUCACAGAUCAUGCAUUAAUACUAGUUACUAUCAUUGUUAUUUUAAGUUAUUAAUUAGCAAGUGCAAGUCUUUAAAGCAAAAUCAGGUUUGGGGUGAGAUUGAGCCAAGUCUAAAUCAUGUUUA